AUGGCGAAGAGAGUUUUGGUUCCGGUCGCUGAAGGUUCUGAGGAGAUUGAAACCACUUGUAUCACCGACACACUGACAAGGUUUGGGGCGGAAGUUACCAUUGCCAGUGUGAUGCCUGGUGAACUUGUUUGCAAAAUGAGUCGCGGAAUCAAGGUUAUGGCGGAUGUCAACAUUGACGAGGCAGCCAAGGAAGAGUGGGACCUGAUUGUUCUGCCAGGAGGAAUGCCAGGUGCUGAACAUCUUCGAGAUUCAGCGGCACUUAUUGGACUCUUGGAAAAGCAAAAGAGUCAAAAUAAGCCAUACGCAGCUAUCUGCGCCGCACCUGCCGUGGUCUUGGCUUCAAAAGGCCUUCUAGAAGGAGAGGGUGCCACAUGUUAUCCUGCUCCUGGUUUUAGAUCAAAACUUACAAACCCCACUGAUGAUGAAGUUGCGUUCACAGUUGGAAAAGUUACUACAUCUAAGGGACCUGGAACUGCUCUAAAGUUUGCAUUGGAACUUGGAGAGCAGCUUUUUGGCAAAGAAGCGCGUGCCAAGAUUCAAAGCGAGAUGCUGGUUUGA